AUGGCGCUGCAAGAUUACGAUAGCUUCCCAAUCAGGGUGGUAGCAACAUUAUUGUUGGCCCAAAUUGUUUGGUUCGCUUCCCUCGUUAUAUAUCGUCUCUAUUUCUCACCCCUUGCUCGCUUCCCUGGACCCAAAAUCGCCGCCGCUACUGGCUGGUAUGAGUUCUACUACCAAGUGUGGUGUUACGGCAAAUAUGUAUUCGAGAUUGAAAAGAUGCACAAGAAAUAUGGUCCCAUAGUUCGCGUCAAUCCAGAUGAACUUUCUAUAAAUGACCCUGAUUUCUAUAAUGAAUUAUACGUCACGGAGAAUAGACGGCGAACUGAUCAUUACGAUGCCUUUGGCAAGGGUAUUGGCUUUGAAGAUUCCCAUCUAUUUACAAAGGAGCAUGACCUUCAUCGUAUAAGGCGAAAGGCCCUAGAGCCAUUUUUCUCCAAAUUGGGGAUCCAUCGCUUGCUACCGGUUAUCGCAGAGGUAGCUCUGCACCUGGAGUCACGGCUUAGGGAGUUCUCUGGGACGAACCAAGUGAUCCGACUAGACCAUGCUUUCUCCGCGUACGCAGGCGAUGUUGUCGGCAGAAUGUGCCUCGACACUAAAGACCGCCGCGACCGUUUCCUGAACGAAGCGAAUUUCUCCCCGGAUUGGUUUAAUGCUAUGCUUAUGAUCAUACGCUCUAUACCAGUGGCCACCGCAUUCCCAUUACUUGUCUGGAUGAUGAGUUACCUGCCGGAAGACGUGUUCGUAUGGCUAUAUCCCCGCGGUCAAGGAAUUCGCAAGUUGAGACAGAAAGCAAGGGAGAAUAUUCGUAAAGUUCUCACAACGGACACCGUGAAAGAUGAGAAUGUUUCGUCGUUAUUCCACCACGUUGUCAACAGCGAUAUGCCGGAAUCCGAGAAAACGGAGAGUCGUCUUGUGAUGGAAGCACAGCUGAUCCUUGCCGGGGGGACCUGGACUAGCGGGCGAACUAUCGGCGUUGCGUCUUUCUACAUCUUAUCUCGGCCCCAUCUGAGACAAGGUGUGGAGGCAGAGCUCCGAGAUCUCAUGGACAGAUGGCCCCAAUACGUCCCGACGUGGGCAGAGCUCGAAAAGCUUGUUUUGCUGCAGGCCAUCAUAAAGGAAUCGCUUCGUAUCAGUUAUGGAGUCAUGCACAGACUGCCCCGGAUCUCGCCCGAUGUCCCUAUUCAGUAUAAGGACUAUACUAUCCCGAUAGGGGUGCCGGUAGGGAUGUCGUCAUAUCUCAUGCAUACGGAUCCUUCCGUGUAUGAGUCGCCGUUCGAAUUUAUCCCUGAACGGUGGCUUGGAGAGGUUACCCCGGCAAUGAACAGGAACUAUGUGCCGUUUGCUCGGGGUUCUAGGAACUGUCUCGGACUACAUCUAGCAAUGGCCGAAAUAACAUAUGCCUUGGCGGUACUUUUUCGCCCUAACGGACCUAAGUUAGAGCUCUUCGAGACGGACGAGAGCGACGUGAGACAAGUCCACGACUUCAUGGUCGCGACGGCGAAACUAGAUACGAAAGGCAUACGUGCAUUCGUUCGCUAA